CGACGCGCCUGCUUAUUCUCGUCUUCAGGAGAGUUUUAACAGCUCUGCCGUACUACACACGAUAACUCAUAGUUAAAUUAUUGUUGAUGUGGUACACUAGCAACAAUGUCAUGUUGUGAUUUUUGUCAUGUUAGCUACCAUUAGUGUUCGGUUGUAUUCAUUAUUUUGUAAUUAUUUGAGCAAAAAAAGCAUAUAUAUUUAUAUAUGUAAAAACACAUCAGAAGAGUAUAGAGGAUUGGUAGUCCUUUAGAAUAUGAGUUAUGGGUACGGAAACAGACGAGGCCGAGGUGGCGGUCGAGGUGGCUUUAAUGAUGGCAACCGGUGGGACAGAGGAGGCAGUUCGAAUACCAGUGACUCUUGGGAUGAGCAAGCAAGUAGUGGAGGAGGAGGAGGAGGUGGUGGUGGUCGCGGACGCGGACGGCAUCCCGCACAUCUGAAAGGAAAAGAAAUUGGUUUAUGGUACGCUAAAAGAGGGGGAGCGAAAAGAAAAGAAGAAGAGAGAAAAUCGAGGGCUGUAGUGCAGAUGGAUGAAUCCAGAGAACAGCAUAUUACAAACCUUCUUAGUUCCGUUCAAUCAAAAAAAGUGGAGAAAGAGCUGCCUUGUUCAUCCAGGCCUUCAGCUUCAACAGGAGGCCAAAGAUUAAUUCAUUCUGCCAGUCCUGAGGUGAAGAACUGUACACAACAAGAUGAUAAGCAAGAUUUAGAGUAUUUGUUUCAAGAUAUUAUUCAAAAUUCAACUCUUGAUCAAGAAUUUAAAAAUGAUCUUCAGAAAAAAAAAUCAGAUUAUCAGUAUUUGGAUAUGAAGAGAUUCAGGGAGAAGCUACCAUCUUAUGAAAUGAGAAAGGAAAUUGUUCAGCUGAUUAAGAACAAUCAAGUUGUGGUAAUUAGUGGAGAGACUGGGUGUGGGAAGACAACACAAGUUACUCAAUUUAUUCUUGAUGACUACAUUGAAAGAAAUAUGGGAUCAUUAUGCAGAAUAGUUUGCACACAGCCACGCAGAAUAAGUGCUAUUUCCGUUGCAGAAAGAGUAGCAGCAGAACGAGCAGAGUCAUGUGGAGAUGGGAAUAGCUGUGGAUAUCAGAUCCGACUUCAGUGCCGCUUACCAAGAAAACAAGGUUCAAUCUUGUACUGUACAACAGGUAUCAUCUUACAGUGGCUCCAGUCAGAUCCACACUUAUCUUCCAUCAGCCAUAUUGUACUAGAUGAAAUUCAUGAGAGGAGUCUUCAGUCAGAUGUACUAAUAACAAUAGUGAAAGAUCUGCUGAAAUUCCGAGAUGACUUGAAAAUUAUCUUAAUGAGUGCAACUUUAAAUGCAAGCAAGUUUUCAAAAUACUUUGGUAACUGUCCAAUGUUGCACAUUCCUGGUUUUACUUUUCCUGUUAAGGAAUAUUUCCUUGAAGAUGUCAUUGACAUUUUAAGGUACUAUCCAGAAAACCAUGAUACACGGCCACGGUGGAAAAAACGUUUUAUGCAAGGUCAAAUGUCUCGUCCAGAUAAAGAACAAAAAGAACAGGAAUACAGAGAAAGCUGGCCUAGUUAUGUGAGAAAUCUACGUGACAGUUAUUCAGAGAGUACGAUAGAAGCCUUAGAGGUGAUGGACAACGAUGACAAAAUUGACCUUGCUUUGAUCGUAGCUCUCAUUAAACAUAUUGUUUUAAAAGAAGAGGAUGGAGCCAUUCUGGUGUUUUUGCCUGGUUGGGACAAUAUUAGUGGACUUCAUGAACUCUUAAUGGCACAAACAAUGUUCAAGUCAGAAAAAUUUAUCAUCAUUCCUUUACACUCUUUGAUGCCCACUGUUAAUCAGACUCAAGUGUUCAAGAAACCACCUCCAGGUGUUCGUAAAAUUGUGAUUGCAACUAAUAUUGCAGAAACAAGUAUAACCAUAGAAGAUAUUGUUCAUGUAAUUGAUGGUGGAAAGAUAAAAGAGACUCAUUUUGAUACUCAAAACAAUAUCAGUACUAUGACAGCAGAGUGGGUCAGUCUUGCCAAUGCAAAACAGAGAAAAGGUCGUGCUGGAAGAGUUAAACCUGGUAAAUGUUAUCAUUUGUAUAAUAAGCUAAGAGCUACUCUACUUGAUGAUUAUCAGUUACCAGAGAUAAUGAGAACACCACUGGAAGAACUCUGUUUACAAAUAAAGAUAUUGAAACUGGGCAGGAUUGCUUUAUUUCUGUGGAAAACCAUGGACCCUCCAUCUGAAGAAACAAUAAACUUAGCAAUAACUCAUUUAAUGGCUCUGAAUGCACUGGACAAGAACGAAGAACUUACUCCUCUUGGUUUUCACUUGGCGCGAUUACCAGUUGAGCCACACAUUGGAAAAAUGAUACUGUUUGGUGCAUUACUGGGUUGCUUGGAUCCUGUGUUAAUUAUAGCAGCAAGCCUCAGCUUCAAAGAUCCUUUUGUCAUUCCAUUGGGAAAAGAAAAGCUGGCAGAUACAAAGAGGAGAGAAUUAUCAAAAAACUCAAAAAGUGAUCAUCUAACAGUUGUUAAUGCAUUCUGGGGUUGGGAAGAAGCAAAGAGCUGCAGUUAUAAAGCAGAGCGAGAUUAUUGCUGGGAGAACUUCCUGUCUUCAAAUACCCUUCAGAUGCUACACAACAUGAAAGGACAAUUUACUGAGCACCUCCUGGCUGCUGGAUUUGUCAGCAGUAAAAAUCCUAAAGACCAUAGGUCUAACAUAAACUCUGACAAUGAGAAACUGAUAAAGGCUGUCAUAUGUGCUGGUUUGUAUCCCAAAGUUGCUAGGAUCCAACCAGGUUUCAGCAAGAGGAGCAAAAUGGUGAAAGUUUAUACAAAACCUGAUGGCAAAGUCAGCAUCCAUCCAAAAUCUGUGAAUGCAGAAGAAAGAGAAUUCAAUUACUCUUGGCUUAUCUACCAUUUGAAAAUGAAAACAAGUAGUAUAUUUCUUUAUGACUGCACAGAAGUGACUCCAUAUUCCCUACUCUUCUUUGGAGGUGACAUUUCUAUUCAGAAAGAUAAGGACCAAGACACCAUCGCCGUGGAUGAAUGGAUCGUCUUCCAGUCUCCAGCCAGGAUUGCCCAUUUAGUAAAGGAUUUAAGGAAAGAACUUGAUGCUCUUCUUCAGGAGAAAAUCAAAAACCCAAAGCCUGUGGACUGGUAUGACACAAAAUCCAAGGACUGUGCUGUUAUUUCAGCAAUCAUUGAUUUAAUUACUACACAAGAGACAAGUGCUUCCAAAAACUGUGCAGCACGAUUUGCUGGUGAUUAUUAUGAUUAACGCUUCCCAUCGGGCAUUACUGUGAAAAAUGACAGAUAUUUGACAACUGCCAGACACAACCUAAGUCGAGUUUUGGUCAAAUCUUAGCAAUGUCACAUAACUAUUAAGACAUACUUUUUCCCAUUCUGAAUUAAGAAAUUGCAUAGAAAUUGACAGCAAAAACAAUAUUAUAUUUAUAUAGUAGGGGGUUUAUCACAAUUGUAAACCAUCAGAAUGACAUAAUUUGUACAUUAGAAUCUUUUGAUACAAGGAGCUUGCAUGGUAUAAAUGUUCUCUUCAGUCGUGGCUUAACAUGCGUAGUUUGGAAUUACAUUUAAUGAGUGUGGCACACAGGCCUGCUAUUAUGUUACACUAUUGUGUCUACUUAUGUCCUUGGUACUGUAUGCAACAAAAUCAUAAAAUCGCUUUUGUACUGCUGCUGAGUAACAAAGGAUAUAUCAGUUCCAUGCAUUUUUACCCCGAAACAAUCCUUGAAUUGUUCCUUUCUCAUGUAUGCUGUAUUAUUUUGUGUCUGAGUGCUGUGAAUUUUGUUUGUCCUUUUUCUACAUUCCUCGCACCGUACUUUAACACUGAAGUGCUUUCUGAUGAGCACUUAAUGUAUUCAUGACUGGUCCAACUCUACCCAUGUAAAUGGGCAUAUAAAGAUAGUUACAGCAAAGCCCUGGGUGUCCGACUGCAGUUGUAAACGUCCCAACUGAGGUGUCCUCUCACUUCCUACAAGUAAGUACACUAAAGGCUGACACUCAUAUGGUACUUGGCUGCUCCCUGGAUUGUUCUCUGCCUGUUUCAAAUUCUUUACCAAAAUGUUACAUGGAAUUCCACUUAUGAUAUCUCGGCAGAUUGAGUUUGUGUUCUGGUACCCAGUGUAACUACCAGCUGAUAGAAGUUAUGAAGCCAAAAACAUUUAAAUGGUUUCAGGUGUUUUGUGUUCAAGCUGUUAAUUGUAUUUUUAUGAUAAUUACAAAAUGAUGUCAAUUUCAGGACACUUUUGUAUAACAAUGGCUAAUAUUUGUUUCUUUUGGUCUAGAACAUGUUUGCUUAUUUUACUAUCUUCAGAUGCUGAAAUAUUUCUGUUUCUAAAGUAAAAUAAAUCUGCGCAACAAAGUCUA